GUUAUCAUGUGUGGUCCGAGAUCUCAGAAUCCCGAAGACCUGGUUGCCCACCUGAGUUCCUGCAUAUUAAAGUCCAAAAAGAAGAUCCUGUCUUUGGCUCUAACUCUUCGCAACAGGUCCUGCUCCAGUUCCAGAGAGCAGAGUGGGAUCUGAGCACAGGCAAAAGUCCCAACAAUCCUCGCACACAGGUGAAUCACGUGACAGCAUGGAUAGAUGGCAGCUCCAUCUAUGGAUCGUCCAGCUCAUGGUGUGAUGCCUUGAGAGUGUUUUCCAGAGGACUGCUGGCAUCAGGCUCCUCACAGGACAUGCCCCGGCGCAGCAGCAGUGGUUACCUCAUGUGGAGCGCACCGGACCCCAGCACCGACCCCAGCACCGACCCCGGCUCACAGGAGCUCUAUG